AUGCAGCAUCCGGAGUCCAACCCGACACAGAGCACCACCCAUCCAACCUUUGAGGACAUGCCUACAUCCCCGGCCCCAACACCACCUGACCCGGCACACACCCAUCCCAUCCCCCACACUGGCUCUCCCUCUCACCCAACCCGACCACCACCAGUCAAACGCCACCACUCCGACAUCGAACCCGACCUGGACUUUUCACACCCCUCCGUCCACCUCCCGCCGACAAAGCGACACCACGAUAUGCGUAAUCUGCCCACUCCGCACUACCAACCAAGCUCCUAUGAACCUGGGCAGAAUGAGCAGGGAGUAGCCGACACUACUAUAAGGGACGACGACCAGGAGGAGUAUGACGCCAACACAGCCCUCCAGUUUCCGGGCAUCCGGAACCUGCACGACGAAGGACAGCCAAUCCUGUAUCCCACCAUGCAACGUUACUGGGAGCGGGAGGCACACCCCUUCCAAGGCUUCACCGCAGACGACAUUGCCGAAGUAGACCUCCAAACGACCAGCAUCCUCAACUACCGACGCGAGAUAGAGGAUAUCUGUCAGGAACGCUUCGGCCUUACCUUGCUCCUCGGGGACCUCCUCCAACGCACCAUCCAGGCCUGGGCAGCACCACGACGUGGGUAUCUUUUUCUCCGAGACAUCUCAGUAGUUAUGAUCUACCAAUAUGCUGGUGUACUCGACAACGGCCUCGCCUUCCACCAGCUCAAAUACCGCAAUCCAUCCAAAACCUCUCAUGGUGACCUCAUGUGCGCCCUCCGCGCCCUUGGGGCAACUGACGCCAUCUCGGUUGGGACCGACUGGACCUGGUCCCCUUCCAUGAAGCUCACUCCCUUACGCGACCUCUGCUGGGACAACCCCACAUCCACCUUUUUCCACCCACAGGCCACCAGUGCCGCCACACUUGUGGAUACCAAAGUCCACAUUGGCCGUCUCCCACCACUUACCACUACUGACGACAUCCUCGCUGCGCUUCGCGGCUCCCACCUCCCCACCCAGACGUCGAUAUCACAGGGGACGACUAUGCCACCCUCACUUUUAGCACUCCAGCACCCAUAG